UAGGUAUUUUAAAAUAUACUAAAUAAUCCUAUACAUGUUUAGCAUUACGUGUCAGAAUUAUCGUGGGUUAAAAAUGGAGACGAAUUGGAUAUUAUUUUAUGUUACAACAAUAUGUUUAAUCAUAAAUCCAAUAACCGCGGACAUUAUCAAUAAAAACGUGGAAAGAAAUUUGGAUAUAGCUUCCCAAUUGGUAAAAACAUCAUAUAAAAUACAAGUUGAGGAGACAGCCGGCAAACCUCUGAAAGAGUAUGAAUUCAUUGUAAGAGAGCCAAAUCUAUCUUUUAUAUCAGUCAAAGAUGGAUUUAAUAAAAAGCUUGCAUUUGAAGAAAAAAAGGAAAAUGAGAAAAGCCAAGUAAAAUACAAGAUAACAUUUGCUUCAAGUGCCCCGCAGCAAACUUUACUCAUUGAGACAGUUUCAACCAAAAAUAUACUCCCCUAUCCAUCGGAAAUCAAGCAGAACGAUAAACAGCUAGUCAAAUAUGUUGGCGGAUUAUAUUUAUAUUCCAACUAUUUAACCCAAUCACAAAGAAUAAAUAUUCAACUCAGUUCGUCUAAUAUAAUUGCACACACACAGUUUAGACCAUUUUCAGUUAUGUCAAAUAAAAUGACUUUUGGGCCUUACGAAAAUAUUGCAAAAUUAACCGAUGAUGAGCUGUUCGUUCACUAUGAAAAUCAAUCUCCAUUUUUGACUGUGAACACUUUGGAACGCACGAUAGAAGUUUCCCAUUGGGGCAAUAUUGCGGUGAAAGAGGAAAUUCAAAUGACGCAUACUGGUGCAAAAUUGAAAGGAUCUUUCUCGCGUUAUGAUUUCCAAAAAGAUGGUCGUUCUGGACAAUCGGCUGUUAAGUCAUAUAAAACCUAUUUACCAGCAUCGGCAACUGGAGUCUAUUAUCGCGAUACCAACGGUAAUAUCUCCACAUCAAAUAUGAAUCUAAUGCGUGAAUCUGUUGAUCUCGACUUACGUCCCCGAUUUCCUCUGUUUGGUGGAUGGAAAACGCAAUACGUGCUCGGCUAUAAUGUGCCCUCUUAUGAAUAUCUAUAUAGCUCCGACAACGAUUAUAUCUUAAAGAUGCAUCUAAUCGAUCAUAUACAUGAUAAUAUGUGCAUCGAUGAAGCUGUCAUAACUAUUAUAUUACCAGAGGGCUCGUCCAAUAUUAAGCUUGAAACGCCGUAUGGUAUUAAGCGGCAUCAAAACGCAUUGAUUCACACCUAUUUGGAUACUGUGGGACGUCCAGUUGUGUCUUUUUCGCAACGUAAUCUGGUGGAAAAUCAUAUUGCAGAGUUUACUCUGAAGUACAAUUUCUCAAAGGUGUCGCUGCUUCAAGAGCCUUUACUAGUUAUUGCAUUUAUUUACAUUAUAUUUCUACUUACCAUUGUUUUUCUACGGUUAGACUUUUCAAUCACAUCCCAUUUCCAUAAGGAAUAAUUUCUAUAUAUAAAUCUAAUUGUUUGAUUAAUGACUAUCAAAUAAAAA